AUGGACGACUCCCAAGAGCCUCUGAUUUCCGGAGAGCAACGCGACGAUGAAAUUGCGCGACGGGGCAGCGACGCGCUGCCGCUGCGGCACAAAGCCCCGGACCAGACUGGGCUCGGCACCUUUGUCUUGCUCCUGACCUUUGCGGCCGGCAUCAGCGGCUUGCUCUUUGGCUAUGACACCGGCGUCAUUUCCGCGACCCUCGUCUCGAUCGGCACAGGGCUCUCUGGCCGCCCGCUCUCCUCGCUCGACAAGUCCAUCAUCACCUCCUCCACCGCGCUGUUCGCGCUGCUCGCGUCGCCGCUCUCCUCCGUCCUCGCCGACCGCCUCGGCCGCCGGCGCGUCAUCCUCUACGCCGACGCGCUCUUCGUCGCCGGCGCGCUGCUGCAGGCGGCCAGCUCCUCGGUCGCGGCCAUGGUCGCCGGGCGCUGCGUGAUUGGCGCCGGCGUUGGCGCCGCCAGCUUCGUCGUGCCGCUCUACAUUGCCGAGGUCGCGCCGGCCGCGCACCGUGGACGCCUCGUCACGACUAACGUCCUGCUCAUCACGGCCGGCCAGGUCGUCGCGUACGUCGUCGGCUGGUUGCUCGCGACGCGCGCGCCGCCCGAGACGGGCUGGCGCUGGAUGGUCGGCCUCGGGGCCCUGCCGGCGGCGGUGCAGGCGGCACUGAUUGCGUGGAUGCCGGAAACGCCGCGCUGGCUCGUCCAAGCGGACCGGCCAGAGGCCGCGCGGAGGGUGAUUCGGCAGACGCAGGGCCCGGACGCCGGGGACGGGGAGUACGUGGAUGCCAUUGUCAAAGAUAUCGAGAUGGAAGUCCGCGCGGAGAGGGAAGCGCGCAGACUGCGAGGGACGCGACAGUCCAAGUUGCCGAGCUGGCUGGGCGGCUGGGAGGAGCUGCUCAAGGUAGGCCAGAAUCGACGUGCGCUGGCCAUUGCCUGCCUACUCCAAGGCCUACAGCAGCUCAGCGGAUUCAACUCGCUCAUGUACUUUUCUGCGACGAUAUUUACACUGGUCGGAUUUCGUAGUCCCACGCUCGCGUCUCUUAGCGUAGCCGUAACCAACUUCAUAUUUACCGCCAUCGCGCUGGUACUCAUAGACCGCGUCGGGCGACGCCGCAUACUUUUGUACUCGCUCCCGUUUAUGGUAUGCGGCCUCUUACUUGCCUCUCUGGGCUUCUCGUUCGUCGCCCUCGACGCAAGUCCGAGCGCCUCGCAUGAUGCGCCUCCCGUAAAGGGAAGCACCAGCGCAGCGAGCAUCAUCCUGUUUAGCAUCAUGCUGUAUGUGGCGUCGUACGCCAUCGGCUUGGGCAACGUGCCGUGGAUGCAGAGCGAGCUGUUCCCCAUGGCGGUCCGCUCGCUCGGCAGCGGCAUCUCGACUGCUACUAAUUGGUCGGCCAACUUUGUCAUUGGGCUGACGUUUCUGCCGCUCAUGGAACUCUUGACGCCGCCGUGGACAUUUGCGCUGUAUGCAGGCAUAUGCGUCGUGGGCGAGGUGCUGAUCUGGUUCAUCUAUCCGGAGACGGCAGGGCUGAGCUUGGAAGAGUCGACGGCACUACUAGAGCAUGGCUGGGGUAUAAGGCGGUAG